AUGUCAUUUCUUGGUUGGUCUGUUGAAGAUUGGAAAAAAUUCCAUUACGAAUCAACUCCAGAUGAGUCCUUUGAUUUAUUAUCGCAAUUAUUAAAAUCUCAACAAAGUGCCCCAGAAGAUCCAGCAUGGAUUUCAUUAGCUAGUUUAGAAAAUUUGGAACAUCAAUGGAAAUUUUUACAAUCUAAAUCAAAUAAACGUGAUUUACCAUUAUAUGGUGUCCCAAUUGCUGUUAAGGACAAUAUAGAUGCAAAAUAUUUCGAAACUACUGCCGCUUGUCCAUCAUUUGCUUAUUCUCCACAACAAGAUGCCACUACUGUGAGGUUAUUGAGAGAAGCUGGGGCAAUAAUUAUUGGUAAGACAAAUUUAGAUCAAUUUGCAACUGGUUUAGUUGGUACUAGAUCUCCAUAUGGUAUAACACCAAACACUUUUAAUUCGAAAUAUGUUAGUGGUGGAUCUUCUGCUGGAUCAGCCUCUGUUGUUGCAAGAGGUAUUGUUCCAAUUGCAUUAGGUACUGACACUGCUGGAUCAGGUAGAGUUCCUGCUGCUUUAAACAAUCUCAUUGGUUUAAAACCUACAAAGGGGGUAUUUUCCUGUUCUGGGGUGGUGCCUGCUUGUAAAUCUUUAGAUUGUGUGUCUAUAUUUGCAUUGAACUUACAAGAUGCUCAAUUGACUUUUAAUAUAAUGGCACAAGAAGAUGAUGAUGAUGAAUUUUCAAGAUCAAUGCCAGAAAAUCCUUUAUUGAAAUUUCCUGCAAAACCAAGAAUUGUUGUUCCUACUAAUUUAUUAUGGUAUGGAGAAGAAGAAAAUCCAAAAAUUUAUAGAAAAGCAGUCGAAGAAUUUGAAAAAAUUGGCUGUGAAUUGGUUUCUUUGGAUAUUGAACCAUUAUUAGAAUUGGCCAGAUGUUUAUAUGAAGGUCCUUGGGUUACUGAAAGAUGGGUUGCAUGUAAGGAUUUCCUCAGUACAAAUCCACCAGAAAAGGAUUUAGAUCCAACAGUAAUGAAAAUUAUCAAAGGUGGUGAAAACUAUACAGCAGCUACUGCAUUUGAAUUUGAAUACAAGAGACAAAGAAUUUUGAAAAAAGUUACAAAAUUAUUGAAAGGUACAGAUGCAAUUAUUGUUCCUACAGCACCAUUAAACCCUACAAUUGAACAAGUCACUAAAGAACCAAUCAAAGUCAAUUCAUAUCAAGGUACUUAUACAAACUUUGUCAACUUGGCUGAUAUGUCAGCUUUGGCCAUUCCUGCCGGUUUCAGAAGUGACGGUCUUCCAUUUGGUAUCACUUUAUUAUCUGAUAAAUUCAAUGAUUAUGCUUUAUUAGAAUUAGCAAGUCGUUACUUGAAGACUAAUAGUUUGCGUACUUGUGGUGUUUCGGAAAAGAAAGUUUCAACUAUUCAUGAUGUAUUGUAUCAGUUACCAAAACCAGCUCCUGAAGAAACAGUUAAAUUGGCCGUUGUUGGCGCUCAUCUUAAAGGGUUUGAAUUACAUUGGCAGUUGGAAAAAGUCGAUGCCAGAUUCAUUGAAUCCACCACUACAUCUAAGAAUUAUAAAUUAUAUGCAUUACCAAAAACUGGCCCAGUUGCUAAACCUGGUUUAAGAAGAGUUGACUCAGACGGGGAAUCUAUUACUAUUGAAAUUUAUUCUAUUCCAAAAGAAAAAUUUGGUGAAUUUAUUAAAUUUGUCCCAGAACCAUUGGGUAUUGGUUCAGUUGAAUUGAAAUCUGGAGAAUGGUGUAAAUCAUUCAUCUGUGAAGAAUUUGGUUAUAAACAACCCGGAACUGUUGAUAUCACUGGAUUUGGUGGUUGGAAGAAUUAUCAAGAAAGUUUCAAACGUGAAUCACAAAAGAAACCAUUCAACUCAGUAUUGGUUGCUAAUAGAGGUGAAAUUGCAGUAAGAAUUAUCAAGACUUUAAAGAAAUUGAACAUCAAGUCUAUCUCCAUUUAUUCAGAUCCAGAUAAGUAUGCUCAACACGCAUUAAUGGCCGAUGUUGCCAUUCCAUUACAUGGUACCACUGCUGCUGAGACUUAUAUCAAUGUUGACAAAGUCAUUAAAGCUGCUAAAGAAUCUGGAGCAGAAGCAAUUAUCCCAGGUUACGGGUUUUUAUCUGAAAAUGCAGACUUUUCUGAUCGUUGUGCCAAAGAAGGUAUUGUAUUUGUUGGUCCUUCAGGUGAUGCCAUUAGAAAAUUGGGUUUAAAACAUUCUGCUAGAGAAAUUGCCGAAAAAGCAGGUGUCCCAUUGGUUCCAGGAUCUGGAUUAGUUAAAGAUGCCAAAGAAGCUAGAGAAAUCGCAGCUAAAUUGGAAUAUCCAGUCAUGGUUAAAUCUACUGCUGGAGGUGGUGGUAUUGGUUUACAAAAAGUUGAUUCUGAAGAAGAUAUCGAAAGAGUUUUCCAAACUGUUCAACAUCAAGGUAAAUCAUAUUUCGGUGAUUCAGGUGUUUUCUUGGAAAGAUUUGUUGAGAAUGCCAGACAUGUUGAAGUUCAAAUGUUGGGUGAUGGUAAAGGUCAUGCCAUUGCUGUUGGUGAAAGAGAUUGUUCUUUACAACGUAGAAAUCAAAAGAUUAUUGAAGAGACACCAGCUCCUAAUUUACCUGAAGCAACAAGAACUAAAAUGAGAGAAGCUGCUGAAUCUCUUGGUGCCUCCAUGAAUUAUAAAUGUGCAGGUACAGUUGAGUAUAUUUAUGAUGCUAAACGAGAUGAAUUUUAUUUUUUGGAGGUUAAUGCAAGAUUACAAGUUGAACAUCCAAUCACUGAAAUGGUUACUGGUUUGGAUUUGGUUGAAUGGAUGCUUUUAAUUGCUGCAGAUAUUCCACCUGAUUUCAAUCAAAAGAUUGAAGUUAAAGGUGCUUCUAUGGAAGCCAGAUUAUAUGCUGAAAAUCCAGUUAAAGAUUUCAUGCCUUCCCCUGGUCAAUUAUCUGAAGUAAAAUUCCCAGAAUGGGCAAGAGUUGAUACUUGGGUUGAAAAAGGUACUGUUAUUUCAGCUGAAUAUGAUCCAACUUUAGCUAAAAUUAUUGUUCAUGGUAAAGAUAGAGAUGAUGCCUUGAAGAAAUUACGUCAAGCUUUGGAUGAAACUGUUGUUUAUGGAUGUAUCACUAAUGUUGAUUAUUUGAGAUCCAUUGCUAACUCCAAAAUGUUUGAAGAAGCAGCUGUUGCCACUAAAGUUUUAGAUUCUUAUGAAUACAAACCACAUGCUAUUGAAAUCUUACAACCAGGUGCUUACACUACAGUUCAAGAUUAUCCAGGAAGACGUGGAUAUUGGCACAUUGGUGUUCCUCCAUCAGGUUGCAUGGAUCAAUAUUCAUUCAGAGUAGCUAAUAGAAUUGUUGGUAAUGAUGCUGCUGCACCAGGAAUUGAAAUUACUUUGAAUGGUCCUAAGCUUUUGUUCCAUCAAGAUUGUGUUGUUGCCGUUACUGGUGGUCGUACCACUAUCGAGGUUAAUGGUAAAGAAGUCAACCAAUGGGAACCAAUUACUAUUAAGAGUGGUGAUAGAUUGGCUAUUGGUAAGUUAACUACUGGUUGCAGAGCUUACUUGGCCAUCAGAGGAGGUAUUGAUGUCGUUGAAUAUUUAGGUUCAAGAUCUACAUUUGCCUUGGGUAACUUGGGUGGUUAUAAUGGUAGAGUUUUGAAAUUAGGUGAUGUUUUAUUUGUUGGUCAACCAGAUGUUGCAAGUUCCACUUUACCAACUCCAAUUUCCGAACCAUCAACAGUUUCUAAAUCAUUAAUUCCAAACUAUGAAAAUAAAGUUUGGAAAGUUGGUGUUACUUGUGGUCCACAUGGAUCUCCAGAUUUUUUCAAACCAGAAUCAGUUGAAGAAUUUUUCUCUGAAACUUGGAAAGUUCAUUACAAUUCUAAUAGAUUUGGUGUUAGAUUAAUUGGUCCAAAACCUAAAUGGGCAAGAAAAGAUGGUGGUGAAGGUGGUUUACAUCCAUCCAAUACCCACGAUUAUGUUUAUUCUAUGGGUGCUGUCAAUUUCACUGGUGAUGAACCAGUUAUUUUAACAUGUGAUGGACCUUCAUUAGGUGGAUUUGUUUGUGAAGCAGUUGUUGCUGAAUCUGAAUUAUGGAAAAUCGGUCAAGUCAAACCAGGUGAACAUAUUCAAUUUGUUCCAAUUAGCUAUCAAUCAGCAAAAGAUUUGAAGAAACAACAAAAUAAGAUUAUUGAAGAAUUGACUGGAGAAUUACCUGAUUUGGAAUCCAAUGUGUUAUCCACACCAGAAAAUCCAGUAUUGUAUGAAUUCAAAGUUUCCAGUAAUGCACCAAAAGUUACCUACCGUCAAGCUGGUGAUAGAUAUAUCCUUGUUGAAUAUGGUGACAAUUUACUUGAUUUGAACUUGUCCUAUAGAAUUCAUAAAUUGGAUGAAAUGGUUAAAGAAUAUAAACCAAAAGGUAUUUUUGAAUUAUCACAAGGGGUUAGAUCUGUUCUUGUUGAAUUUACUGAUGAAAUUACUCAACAGGAAGCUUUGGAUACUUUGAUUUCUUAUGAAAAGGAAAUUGUUUUCGUUAACAAAUGGAAAGUCAAUUCUAGAAUUAUUAAAUUACCAAUGGCUUUUGAAGACAAGAAAACUUUGGAUGCAGUCCAAAGAUACCAAGAAACCAUUAGAAGUGAAGCUCCAUGGUUACCAAACAAUGUCGAUUUCAUUGCCAACAUUAAUGGUAUUAACAGAAAUGAUGUUAAAGAUAUGUUGUACACAGCUAGAUUUUUGGUUUUAGGGUUGGGUGAUGUUUUCUUGGGUGCUCCAUGUGCUGUUCCAUUAGAUCCAAGACAUAGAUUAUUGGGUACAAAGUAUAAUCCAUCUAGAACAUUUACACCAAAUGGUACUGUUGGUAUUGGAGGUAACUAUAUGUGUAUUUACACCAUGGAAUCCCCUGGUGGUUAUCAAUUGGUUGGUAGAACUGUUCCAAUCUGGGACAAGUUGAGUUUAGGAGAACACUCUCCAGAUUCCAAACCAUGGUUAUUAACUCCAUUUGAUCAAAUUGAAUUCUAUCCUGUUACUGAAGAAGAAGUUGAUGAAUUUUCAGAAGAAAUGAAUGCCGGUAAAUUCAAGGUUGACAUUAUUGAAACUGUUUUUGAUCAUGGUAAAUAUUUGGAAUGGAUUCAAGAGAAUUCUAAAUCUAUUCAAGAAUUUCAACAAAAUCAAGGUGGCGAAAAAUUAGAAGAAUUCAACCGUUUGAUUCAAAUUUCCAAUAGUGAAUUGGAAAAACAAGGUGUUAAAGUUCAAGAUGAUGAGAAAUUUGAUGAUGAUGCUGAAUUGGUCUAUAGUGAAUAUUCUGGUAGAUUCUGGAAAUCAUUAGUUGAAAUUGGAACACAAGUUGUUGCUAAUCAAGCAUUGGUUGUUGUUGAAGCGAUGAAGACUGAAAUGGUUGUUAAUGCACCAAGAGAUGGUAAAGUUAUUAAGAUUUACCAUGAAAAUGGAGAUAUGGUUGAAGCAGGUGAUUUGGUGGUUGUAUUAUCUUAG